ACGAUCAAAGAAAAACUAGACACUACUCAAAAUUAUCUUAAUGGCGGAUACACAUCGCGUCGACCGUACUGAUAGGCACUUGCAAUUUCAGUCGCCGUAUGAAGGCGGACGAGUUAGUAUUCAGUAUGAAGGCGGUGGUGGUGCAGGCGGCUAUGGUGGCAGGGGUGGAGGAUACGGUGCUGAAGGUUACAAAAGCAUGAUGCCUGAACGUGGCCCAUCUAGCACCCAAGUGUUAUCCUUUUUGGUGGGGGUCCCUAUCGUUGGUUCGCUGCUUGCCAUAGCCGGUUUACUUUUGGCGGGUUCGGUGAUAGGUUUACUGAUCUCUAUACCACUUUUCCUCCUCUUCAGCCCGGUCAUAGUCCCAGCGGCUCUAACCAUCGGGCUUGCAGCGACAGGAUUCUUGGCCUCUGGAAUGUUCGGUCUAACGGGGCUUAGCUCAGUCUCUUGGGUCCUGAACUACCUUCGUGGGACCAGGAAGAGUAGUGUGCCUGAGCAGUUGGAGUAUGCUAAGAAGAGAAUGGCGGAUGCUGUUGGCUACGCUGGACAGAAGGGAAAAGAAAUGGGGCAGCACGUGCAGAAUAAGGCACAGGAAGCUAAACAGUAUGAUAUCUCUAAGACCCAUGAUACUACUACUAAGGGUCAUGAGACUACUCAGAGGACGGCCGCAGCAUGAUGAAGUCCUGUUUUGAGGGCAAGUUAUGUAACUUUCACUGUGAUGUCCUUUUACUUCUCCUGGACAUUUCACUACUACAAUGUUAAGCUCUUUUUUGUUUCUAAGUCAAAAUCAUGAAAUGUAGCGUCUGUGUAUUUUCAUGCAAGAUCGCAAGUGGCGUACUUGAAUAUUCAAUAAUUUCUUCGU